CUUGUGUAUUUAUACUAUUUAAAGACAAAGAAUGAACAGUUGCUUGGUUUUUAAUCAAAAUGUUGACUUUAAAAGAAGAUAAAAUGGAAAUACUUAAUGGUCAUAUUCUUUUAGAGGUUGGAUCUAACAGCGGAUAAAGAUGAAGCACUUAGUACUACUGGCUCUUGUCAUUGGUGUAGCAGGUAUAAGUAAUGCAAAACCUAACAAUGUGGCGAGAGAACAAGUUCGUCAAAUGAGUCUAAAGGACUUAGAGUUGCUUGAGGCAUGUCUUGAGCAUAAACGACAGGAUAAAAGAAGUGCAGCUGGCACAUUUAAAGAGAUGUGUGAUGAACUUCUUGAAGAAUUUGAAAGCAGUAUCAGUGUAAGCAGCGAUAACCAAGUUACUGAUGAUUACAAGAGAGGUGUGACCGACGAUUACAAAAGAGGUGCAACAGAUGACUACAAAAGAGGUGCAACCGACGAUUACAAAAGAGGUGUAACCGAUGACUACAAAAGAGGGGUAACCGAUGACUACAAAAGAGUUGCAACCGACGAUUACAAAAGAGGGGUAACCGAUGACUACAAAAGAGGGGCAACAGAUGACUACAAAAGAGGUGCAACCGACGAUUACAAAAGAGGUGUAACUGAUGACUACAAAAGAGGGGCAACGGAUGAUUACAAAAGGGGUGCAACCGACGAUUACAAAAGAGGUGUAACCGAUGACUAUAAAAGAGGGGCAACCAACGAUUACAAAAGAGGUGCAACCGACGAUUACAAAAGAGGUGCAACCGAGGACUACAAAAGAGGUGCAACGGACGAUUACAAAAGAGGUGCAACCGACGAUUACAAAAGAGGUGCAACCGAUGACUACAAAAGAGGGGCAACCGACGAUUACAAAAGAGGGGCAACGGAUGACUACAAAAGAGGCGCAACCGACGAUUACAAAAGAGGUGCAACCGACGAUUACAAAAGAGGUGCAACCGAUGACUACAAAAGAGGUGCAACCGACGAUUACAAAAGAGGGGCAACCAUCGAUUACAAAAGAGGUGCAACCGACGAUUACAAAAGAGGUGUAACCGACGAUUACAAAAGGGGUGCAACCGACGAUUACAAAAGAGGUGCAACCGACGAUUACAAAAGAGGUGCAACCGAUGACUACAAAAGGGGUGCAACCGACGAUUACAAAGAGGUGUAACUGAUGAUUACAAAAAGAGGUGCAACCG